AUCGAACUCCAAACAUGGAAAAUUAGAACCCCAUCAGCUAGUUAGUUUCCCCUAAAAAUUAGCCACACCCCACAAUCGAACAAAUCCACCGCCGAUACACGUGUAACGCGCAGCGGUAGCCCACUCUGCCCCUCCGAAGUCGAAGCCGGCGUGUCGAGCGGAGGUGGAGUGACGUCUCCCGGUCACGGCGACGCUUGGGGGGAGCUGGGAGUGGGGACCUGAUUAGGCGAUUUCGGGCGAAUGGGGGAGGAUAUAUAAAGAUCAUGCGAUGUCCGGAACUUGGUUGCGCGUAGCGAAUUUGGUGAAUUAACUUAAUUAUUGAUGUCUAAGAAUCGAAAUUUAAUAUACGAAGCACUAUCCACACUCCCAGUAUCUUCAACAACCUAAGUACCUAUCACCAUGUCAAAACUCCUUGAAGGCAAGGUCGCCAUCAUCACCGGCUCCGGCGGCGGCCUCGGCGCCACCAUCGCCACCACCUUCCUCACUCACGGCGCCUCCGUCGUUCUCUCUGACAUCUCCACCACGCGCCUCUCCGACAAGCUCGCGUCCCUCUCCGCCCUCGGGCCCGUCCACGCGGUCACCACAGACAUCACCUCCGAAGCUUCCGUGGCAGCGCUCUUCUCGGCCGCGAAAGAGAAGUUCGGACGGGUGGAUAUCCUCGUGAAUAACGCGGGGGUGAUGGAUAAGUUCGACCCGGUGGCGGAGCUGGAGAAGGAGUUGUGGGAUCGGGUGAUCGGGGCGAAUUUGACGGGGACGUUCCUGUGUAGUCGUGCGGCGGUGCGGGAGAUGUUAGGAGAUGUCGACGCAGAGGAGGCGGUGGUGGAGGAGACGAGGGGGGAGGGGAUGCCGGCGCCGGCGCCGCCGACACGGGGGGUGAUUUUGAAUAUCGGGUCGGUGGCGGGAGUGCGGGGCGGGAGCGGGGGAGCGGCGUAUACGGCGAGUAAGCAUGGAGUGAUUGGGUUGACGAAGAAUACGGCGGCGGCGUACGCGAGGAGGGGGAUUCGGUGUAAUGCGAUUUUGCCCGGGGGGAUGGCAACGAAUAUCAGCGAUUCACUGGCGAAGGGGAUUAAUACGGAGGGGUUUGGACUGGUGCAGAAGACAAUGGCGGUGGGGGCACCGUUGUGUGAGUUAGGGGAUGUGGCAGAGUUAUGUGCAUGGUUGUGUGGUGGGAGUCGGGUGGUAAAUGGAGCGGUGGUGGCAGCGGAUGGGGGGUGGACGGCAGCGUAGGGUGGAGAUAGGGAUGAAGAUGAAGGGUUGGAGGAGGGGGUAGAUGGAUUUGUUGUCAUGUAUAGAAACUUGUUCUAUUAGGGCGCUGGUACACCGGUUAUGAAAGACUUGAGCGGCAGAAUCGUUCGGAAGGAAAGGGGUAUUUAGGAGCGCGGGUACAUAUUCAAUCAGACCAAAUGCCUUAUGAUGCCAGGGACCUUUCUUCAAGAAGAUUCAUUCGUAGCGUCAAAGACCGGUGCGAACUCAAAGCUCUGCCUCUUCGAUCCGCUAGUCGCUCUACAGAUGAAUUAGUACUGAUGGUUGGACGAAUAACAGAUGAGACAACAUACUUUCGGAUGACCCUCUCCAUCGCAUCCAAUCCUCGUGCCAACACAUCC